AUGGGACAGCCACAUCCUUGGCAACACAGCAAAGGACUGUUACGGGUAAAUCUAUUGCUUAGGGCCAUCAAACGUUUACAAGGACAGAGUCGGAGAAUUCGUCUUCCCUUUACAGCGGAUCUUAUUUUCCUCAUGUAUUCUACUUUAAAAGCUGAUGUAUUUGAUCCUUUUACUGAUGUCCUCAUGCAGUCUGUUAUUUUGCUGGCUUUCUUUGGCUUCCUCCGGUGUGGGGAGUUCACCAUUAAUUCCAAUCGUUUUGACAGGUCUGCUCAUUUAUGCAUUGAGGACAUCAGUUUUGAGGGUGACACCCAGGCUUUUCUGAGACUCAAAUCAUCCAAGACUGAUCCUUUUCGUAAAGGUGUUUUAAUCAAAUUUUUCCAAAACCACCGUAUGUGCCCUGUGGCUACCAUCCUUCAGUACUUGUCUUUAAGACAGGCGAUGGUGCCAAAACCAACGUUCGGGGACCCUUUGUUUGUGAGUAAAGAUAAUCGCCCACUGACUCGGUCAACCUUCCUAACUUACCUGCAUAGAAUUUUGAGUGUUUUAGGGAUUGAUUCAAGCAGGUACUCUGGUCACUCUUUCCGCAUCGGGGCGGCUACCUCAGCGGCUACAGCUGGUAUUCCUGAUCACAUGAUCAAAACACUUGGGCGCUGGAAUUCAGAUACUUACUACAG